UGGUUACAAACAAAAAAGAUACUGUUAGUCAACUUUCAUCCUCUUCAUCAUCAUCAUCAACAAAGUAUCAAACGAUAGCUUGUUUAACUUCCGGUGAUUAUUAAACACCGCAAACAGUCAUGAACGACGCUAUGAACUCGCGCUUUAUACUUCACAAUGCUUUGAUCGUCACCAUGGAUAAAGAAUCUCGUGUAUUUCGUAACGGAGGAAUCGUUAUUGAUAACGAUAGAAUCGUAGCAAUCGGUCAAUCAGCAGAUAUUAUUCGUCAAUACUCGUCGAAUUCACACGAAAUCAUCGACCUCCAUGGCCAGUUUCUACUUCCUGGUUUGAUCAAUACACAUGUUCAUACGUCUCAACAACUAGCUAGAGGAAUUGCUGAUGACGUCGAUUUGCUUACGUGGCUGCACCAUCGGAUCUGGCCGUAUGAAUCGAAUAUGACUGAAGAGGAUUCGUACAUCUCAACUUUGCUUUGUGGAAUCGAACUCAUUCACUCUGGUGUCACAUGCUUUGCAGAAGCAGGAGGACAACAUGUAUCAGGAAUGGCAAAGGCAGUAGAAUUACUAGGUUUACGUGCAUGUUUAACGCAGUCGGUUAUGGAUUCUGGCGACGGUUUACCAUCUUCAUGGGGCAUUAGGACUGCAGAUGAAUGUAUUCAGUCUCAAAAGGAGUUGCACAAGAAGCAUAAUAAUACUGCCGACGGACGCAUUAGAAUAUGGCUUGGUAUUAGACAGAUUAUGAACUCAACCGAUCAAUUACUUCUUCAAACAAGAGAUACGGCGAAAGAACUGCAAACCGGAAUCCACAUGCAUGUUGCAGAGAUACCCUUUGAAAAUGACCUGGUGAUGCAAACUCGGGAAGUUGAUCAUGGGACCGUUACAUAUCUAGAGAAAGUCGGGUUUUUGUCAAGCAAUUUGCUAUCAGCUCACACUGUUUGGGUAAAUGAAAAUGAGAUUGGAUAUCUUUCUAAUCAUGAGGUUAAGGUGUCCCAUUGUCCUGCUGCCGCCAUGCGCAUGCUUGGAUUUGCGCCGAUUAAAGAAAUGCUUGAUGCCAAUGUUUGUGUAUCCUUGGGGACAGAUGGUGCACCGUCAAAUAACCGUAUGAGCAUUGUUGAUGAGAUGUACCUAGCUUCUUUGAUCAAUAAAGGGCGCGAAGUUUAUACAAAAGGCACUACUGACCCUACAGCUCUUCCUGCGGAAUCCGUUCUGAAAAUGGCAACCGUAAAUGGUGCAAAAGCAGUACUUUGGGAGAAUGAAAUAGGUUCUCUUGAAGUUGGAAAAAAGGCCGAUAUGAUUGUAAUCAAUCCUUCUUCGUGGUCUAUGGUUCCCAUUCAUGACUGCAUCUCCAGCCUCGUGUAUUGCUUGCGAACUGAAAAUAUAGUCUCUGUCAUGUGCAAUGGCCGUUGGAUCAUGAAGAAUCAGAAAAUCAUGAAUGUCGAUGAGGCAGAAAUCAUAUCAAUGGCGAAGCAUGCUGCUGCACAGCUUUUGAGUAGGGCAGGCAUACAAAUUCCUAACAGGAUGAAUCUCGUAUGAACUCCAAAUCUCUAGUGUGUAUGAAGGCGACAACGAUGUAACAAGAGCGGUCUACAUGCCAUAAACUUAAUAAUACGCAGAUAUCAACAAGUUAUGAACUUAUGAUUUGAAAUUUGUAGAUUAUCCAAACUGAUUGUUCAAAAACACUUGAUCACAUUAAAAGUAAUCCUAAUUCCUAAACGUGAACAAUUUAUAAGUU